UUAACUGAACAUAGCCAAACAAAAUGUUGUGAUUACGAAAUCGAUUGUUACUGAGGAGAGAGGUGUGUCGGAGCCUCGGAGGUGUGUGGAGGAAUGUCAAUAAGUGCUCAUAUCUCACAAAAUGGCUCAAAAACGAAGAGCGAUCGAAGAUCUUGUGCAAAGAGCAACAGAAUCCAAGAUCAAGAAAUUUGAAAGCAUACGAGGAAAGCAGGAGAUCAAUUUCCCCUACUGGGACAUCGUGGUCAUCACGGCCGGAGAUGAAGAUCAGAAGACAGCCUACGACCUGCAGCUGCAGGAGAAGCUGGCCCGGCAGCAGCUACCCCUGGGCACCAAGUACCAUGUCCUGAAAGAUCCCGGAAAUGUAAAAAUUGGACCAGGAGGUUCAAUGAUGGCUGCCCUCUCCUACCUCCAGACUAUCUACAACCAAAGCCUCUUCAAGAAGAAGGUCCUUUUCAUCCCAGCCGGUGGCUACAGCCAGCGACUACCGAGUGCCAGCCUGCUGGGUAAGAUCUUCACGGCUGUUCCCUAUGGACGACCCAUCUACCAGAUGCUUGAGUUGAUUCUGGCCAUGUACAUUGAUCUUCCUGCUCAUAUGCCGUCCGGAGGCAUCUUCCUGGCCUGUUCGGACGUCAUCAUCCUCUACGACUGCACCGUUGGCGUAGAGUGGUCCUUCGACAAGCCAGGUAUCACUGCCUUUGGACACCCGGCUCCCAUUGCCGUUGGGACAACCCAUGGGGUGUUCUUGUACAAGGACACGCCUAAUGUCUGCUCUCAGGUGCAUAUCGUCGAAUGUGAAGAGUUCCUGCACAAGAGAUCGGAAGAUGUCCUCAGGGAAAAGGGUGUCCUUCUGCCGCAACCGUGCCAGCAGACCCUGGGCAUCAGUGAGGACCAUGUUCUGGUGGACAGCGGCUACUUCAUGGAUGGUGAGACCGCUAAGAAGAUGAUUGAGUUCUACGAGGAAAAGUCUCCACUUUCAUGUGAGAUAGACUCCCAUGGGGACUUCCUGCAUGGCCUCGGGAACUGCGGCAAUAACAGUUACAUCAAUGACAUGUCCAACGUCAGCAGUAAGACAGAUAAAUUACUGUCCAUGCGGCAAGAAGUCUUCAAGCUCCUCCAGGGGACUCCACUCCACGUCCUUGUGUUGCCCUACUCCAAGUUUUAUCACAUCGGGACAACGGAAGAGCUGCUUAGUCAUUUUUGUGAUAACUGCAGCUUGAGGCGAGAACUAAGCCUGACCAAAGAUGCCUUCAACCGAUCAGUGGACCUUGGCGAUAGCAACACCGUGCUUGACAAGUGCGCUACCAGGGAAGCAUGCAUCAUGGACAGCAUAGUACCUCAAGGUAUGGACACCAGCAAACCAUGCAUCGUGGAGUACUGUCACUUCAAGUCUCCGUGUCAUCUUGGCGAAAGAUGCAUCGUCAGCAACUGCGUCGUCCAGGCACCUUCUUCUGGCUGUCCCGUAAGCAUACCCUCGUUCACAUUCCUUCAUACAGCAGCUGUCAAGACUAGAGAGGGCAGCACUCUCUAUGUCACCAUAUUCUUUGACAUCAGGGACAACCUCAAGCGCUCUGCUCCUCACCUGGAGGAAGCAGGCCAACUCUCCUUCUUGAACCAAAGUCUUCAGGUCCUCUUCAAUAACUUCAACAGUACAUCUCUCCAAGCAAUUUUCCCACCAGGUACUACUACCUUCUCCAUCUGGAAUGCAAAGCUCUUCCCACCCAAAGAGACAAUGGAACAGUCCUUCCAGACUACAAUGAAAUUCCUGGAUGAAGUACACACUGCCGAUCAGGAAGCCCAUUCCAUUGUGGGAGAGGGGUGUCUUUCAAUGGCUGAUGUUCUCAAUUCCAAAGAUAUUCAAGCAAUGUUGGUAUACCGCAAGCAGCUUUAUUCUUUAAUAUUAGCAGAUUGAAUAAAACCAGUGACCCAAAAGUGCCUUAUCUCAUCAGUUUACAUGUAUACCCAUUUUACUUGAUUAUGUUGGCCUUCAUGUACAUCACAUCACAUGCACUUGAAUUUCAGUUGAUACAAUCUUGAAUUUUGUUGGUUUGUUUGUUUGUUUGUUUUUGUUUUUUAAAUAAAUUAUAUCAUCCUGUUGACUUAAAUAUAAUAAAAGAAUAGGUAAGAUGAUAUGGCAAUUACAAUAAUAGGUGUAUAUGGUUUUAUUUACUACUCCUAUGGAAUUUUAACGAAAGGUUUGCUUGUAAUAUUACGUAAUCAAUAAUACCCAUGAACGUUACUUAACCCUCUGUCGCUGUCUUUCUUCCCGUUUAUUCUCUUGGUCUUUUUUUGUUCUAUGAUUCAUGUUUUCAUUUGGAAUGUGUUGUAUGAUUUUUAUGUUUAGUAAUCCUGGAAGUUUCCUGAGUGUGCUUAUGUCUGCAGCUGUCUAUUAGGAGACUGUAAUCAAUUUUGUUUCAUUUUAUUUGACUCACACACUAGGCAACAGCAUUAAUGUUGACUAAUUUUCACUCUUUAAAUUUAUUCAUUAUUAAGUGUUAUUAUACUAAUAACUACCAGGGUGUCGGCAUUAGCCAGUAUUUUAAGAAAUUGUAUAAUUCAGGACAACAAUUGGGUAGAAUUUGCUUGUUUAUGGAGCAUGACCUGUCAACAUAAUCAUUUAUGAUAUUAAUUAUUCUGUUACUAUUGAAGAAAUCAUGUUAACAUGAUAUUAGCAGUUCAUUUUAUAAGUUUCAUUUAUGUAUUUUGUUACAUAAGUUUUGUAAGCACCAAAGUGAGUGACUCUUUAUGCUACAUAACUCUGUUUGCAUUUACGAAUAUCAACAAUAAAGUUUUGUUGAUGGCCAUGAAACUGCAAUGCAAUAUAGGCCGAGGAAGGAAUUCCAACUAUAUUCUUUGUUUACAUGUUUUUUGUAAAGUACUACCAAACUUUCAGGGUUGGAUUAUACGUGUAACGAACCCGGUUAGAGCAUUCCACCAUAAUUCACAUACACGUUUGUGAUUUCAAAUAAAAAAUGCUUUGAAAAACACACAAAAGAACGUGAAGCCUUUUAAUAAAAUACGAUGCUUAAAAUUUCUGGUACUACGAAAAUCAUUGUUGGGUUCAAUACACAUGUAGGAUCCAGUUAGUUUCCGUAGCCAGUGGAUUGAUAUAUUAAGUUUGCAAUAAUUAUCCAUGAAAAUAGAAUAGUAACCCAUCUUUUCCUUCCGAUUUUUUAUCCACUUAAUAGUUUCUAAAAUGAGAAACAUACAGUUAACGACUAAAUUAUACAUACCCCAACCAAGUUUUAUUGUUGUCUAAGUUUGCGAUUUUUUUGUUCUUCUCCAGAUUAAUGUUUCUUGAGAAAGUGACGUACCAAAGCUUACAUCAUGUAUUAAUCAUUAAACAAAGGCCCUAAUUCAACUCGUCCUCCUUUCAUUAUUGAGUUAUGAAAGACAUACAAUUUACAAAGGGUAUGAAUUAUUCAGUUGUUAUGUAGUAAUAUCAUAUUAAUGUAAGAGAGUUUUGAAAGGAUUCCAGCUUUUAUGUAACUUUAAUCAUGUCUGGAUAUUAUAAAUAGACCAGAAUAUACGAUGAAGUUGCUAGGGGAAGACAUAAAAGUGAAUACAUUAUCAUUUAUGGCACUCAUUUGAAUUUUCUUCGCUCAUAUAUGUAUCUCAGAGAAGGGCAUUAAAAUAAAAAAUCACUGAUGGUGCUGGACAAAAUAACUGAUUCUUAUUUCUUUCCGAGUAAUUUUUAUAAUUUUUUUUUAAAUCAGUUUUUUUUGCAAAACUUUAUUUUUUCAGGGUCGUGUAGAUCUUUGCGUUUGAUCGAUUUACUGUACAUAUAUAUACCUCACUUAUUUUUCCUUUCAAGUCUGUACAUAUCAUACACUUAUUGGUAUAAUAUUGAGAAUUUCUUGAUGUAUAAUAUAUUUUGGUAUGAAUAGUCAA